CAGGCCUAAUUCUACAACAUAUAGCCUCCCUUUUGGCACGUACGUUUGUUAGCCAGUAGCAAACAUUCACCAAGCAUCCAAUGGGUAUUUAGUAUGCGAAAAGUGCCAUGUGAACAAGCAGCUGGGAAGGUAUUCUCCCAAGAAUUGUGUUACCCAAGAACGAUAACUCAUGCUGUCUCACUCAGGACAAAACCAGGAUAGAAUGUCUUUGCUUAACCUACAUAUCUCUGUGUCUGGUAAAGUCAGGUGACACACUGAACAUGCCGGCAACACGCGAUGACCACGGAGAUGAUCAUGCACCGCCUUGGUACUUCUCCACACGAUAUUUCAUAGCUUCAGUUGCCUCCUUUGGUAUCGCGAAUACGUUCCUUCAACGCGGCGACCUCAGCAUGGCCAUCGUCUGCAUGGUCAACCACACUGCUGUGGACAUCCUCAAAUACGGCCAUUCCAUGAACGACAAUGUCAGCAUCUUCACCAACGCCACAACGAGACAUGUGUACAACGGAAUCAACAUGAAUAUAUCUAACACGACUUCUAUCAUGAGAGUCAAUAUCACGGAUGAAGAGCAUUCACAUCAUUUUUGUGACACACAGAUAUCUGCAGUAAAUACUCAAGAGCGAGAGGACGGGGAGCUGGUUUGGGACAAGGAGACCCAGGGCCUUGUCCUGGGCGGACUUUAUUGGGGCUAUAUGGGUCUCCAAAUUUUCUGCUCAUUUAUUAUUCAACGAUGGGGAUCAAGGAAAGUUGUGGCGACCGGGAUGUUCUUUAUGUCAGUACUGACGUUGUUGACACCGGUCACAGCAUGGUGGUCUCCCUGGGCAGUGCUCGUACUCAGGGCAAUUAUUGGAGUUUUCAAUGGUUUCACGAUAGCAGGAAGCUUUGCUCUUUGGGGAACAUGGGCACCUCCUGCCGAGAGAACACGCCUCAUAUGCAUCACCUUCUGUGGCAACAUGGCCGCCACAGCUCUGGUGUUUCCCCUCUCAGCUUCCCUCUGUAAGCUGGACUUCGCUGGAGGAUGGCCCUCAGUCUUCUAUUUAUACGGUGUCCUAGGUAUAUGUUGGACAUUUGUCUGGAUCUACAGUGUGUACGAUGACCCUGCAGACCAUCCCAGAAUACACCCAAAGGAACGCCAGUAUAUAGAAGCAGCACUGGGAAAGUCGACAAAGAAAGACGUGUCAGUACCUACCCCGUGGCUGGAUAUAUUUACUUCAUUACCUUUCCUUGGAAUAAUAUGUGCACAGACUACAUACAACUGGGGGCUGUUCCUCAUGAUGUCCAACCUACCCAUCUACAUGAUGGAAGUACUGCAUUUCGACAUUAAAUCGAAUGGCGUAUAUUCCCUCAUCCCAUACCUCGCCAUGUUCCUCAUCUUGCUUCUCGGCUCUUUCUGUGCGGAUGCACUCAUAGAGAAACAGUUACUCAGCGUAACGUAUACCAGGAAACUCAUGACAGUUAUAGGUCAUCUUGUCCCUGGUAUUCUGUUGAUCAUACUGAGCUAUCUGGACUGCACCCAGAGUCACAUUGCCGUGGCCAUUCUGACGUUAGCCAUAGGCCUUGGUGGCUUCGCUUUCAGUGGAAUCUUGGUCAACUUCUACGACAUUGCCCCAGUAUUUGCUACAAGUAUCAUGACUGUGUCCAACGCCAUAAGCAUGAUAUCGGGCAUAUUGGCCCCUACGUUGUUGCAGAGAUCACGAAAGAUAAAACUAGAGAACAAUGGCAGACCGUAUUCUUCCUCACUGCUGGUCUGCUUGGGUUUGGAACUGUCGUGUACCUGAUUUUUGGACAAGGUCGCGUACAGAAGUGGGCCGUCAUCCGAGACAUGCCGGAGGAAGAGAUAGCUCUUCCUUCUUGACGAACAAUCCAUCUAAACUGUAAAACUUUGGCAUUCUUUUGCAGUCUCAGGUCAU